AUGGCACCACGUCGCAAAAAUAAGAGAGAACAGUGCAAAGUUUGCGCAAAGUUCCUAACCAAGGACGGUAUAUGCAAUUCCUGUAUCUCUCGCAAUCUUCGUAACGAGAUCCACAAGAAAGAACAGGAAGAUGCUAAAGCGGAAGCUGAUCGUCAGCAGUCACAGGCGGCCGUACCACCAGUGCCCCCUGCUGAUCCCUUCCUUGACGGUCACCCUACACCAUCCGCGCCACCACUGUCGAGCUCAGAAUCAACUGCCACCCCCGCCAGUUGCUCCGCCCCCACCACCACCAUCAUCGCUACCACUACCACCAGCACCUUUUCCACCUCCACCUACAUCUACGCCUCCACCUACAUCUACGCUUCCACCUACAUCUACGCCUCCACCUACGCCUACGCCUACGCCUACGCCUACGUUUACGCCUACGCCUAUACCGACACCAACUCUUAUACCUCCACCACCUCCACCACCGCCAUCAUCACCUGUCUUACCGUUAGGAACCCAUGCUCAUGCUUCACAGCAAAGCGUACCCACUCCAGUUGUAUCCUUAUCACUACCACUAUCACCUCCACCAUCACCUAUACCAUCAUCGCCUUCGCCUGCAUCAUCAUCGUCUUCACCUUCGGCUCAAUCAGAGUCGGAUAUAGUGAGUCAUGGGGAUGA